UAAAAUUGUAAACAAGGAAGUAUGACUUUCUUCCUGGUUACUCACUUACUAGAGCAAUGAAUUUUCUCUUCAUUUCAUUAUAGCAAGAUGACUUCCUUUCACGAAUCAAUCAAGGAGCUCAUAAGUGAGGUGGAAAAGUUUCUUGUCGAAACAAUAAAGAAAGAAGCCUUGUCCAAGACCUCUAAGGAACACAAGCAGACAAUCCUUGAUAAGAUUGGACGACUGAGGGAGGAGUUCCCACAAUUCACCCCAGACAAACAGUCCGAGGACACCAAAUCAGCUGACCAGAGUUUUACGGACGAGUCUUCAAGGACAGGCGGAAGUUCUAACGCUGAUGACGAGGACCAGUAUGGCGACUCCAACAUUCCUGCCAUUCCUGCUCAAGAUUUGACAGAUACAAUCAAAUGUGGCUUCCUGGAGAAAAAGCAGAGGAAAGGAGGACUGUUUGGGGGCCCCAAGCUACAGAAGCGGUGGUGUGCCAUAAAGCACAAUAUCUUCUACUAUUACGAGUCGGCCAAGGAGAGGAAGCAACAUGGCGCCUUUUACUUGAAUGGUUACUAUCUAGAGGCGGCUCCAGAGGCGGUGGACAAAAAGGACUCGGCGCGACGCGAGCUCAGCUUCCAACUCGUCUGUCCAGCAAAACGAACAUACCAGUUUGUGGCCCUGUCAAAGGAAGAUUAUGACGACUGGAAAGUGGCCAUCAGCAAAGGAGCUUUAAGCUCUUCCUCCAGAGAAAACAUUCUAAAUGACGAUGAGCCUGGUGAGGUGUAUGAGGAUGUAGGAGCAGGCGAUGACGCUGUUGUAGAGGAAGUGUAUGACGAUACCCUGGAUGAACCUGAGCCCUCCCCCAAACCAGUUGUCAAAGCUCUCCCCUCCAUCCCCCGACCCCCACCUCCCAGCAUACCCACGGAACCCACCUGUGACGAGAUAUAUGAUGAUACAGCUAAUCCUGAUGAUGACAUUCAGGAGGAAUACGAUGAUUGCGUCACUGCUGUUCCGCCACCUCCCCCUCCCACCCCCGGUAGAUCCCUGCCUGAAAUCCCAGGAUCCCGCAAACCGCUCCCAUCGGUUCCCCCUACUCCCCCACCUUCCAUCCCAAAGCCCCUCCCCAACAUUCCACCCCCAGAGGUGCCAAAAGAAAGCAAGCCUGACGCGAGUUCUGAGCCCCAAAUACCUCCUGAUCAGGACUACGAGAACAUGUUCCUGGGGAAAUGGAACUGCAAGGCCGACAGAAGCAACGAGCUGGGCUUUAACAAGGGAGAUAAGCUGUACAUUAUUAGUCGGGAGUUUGAUGACAAGAGUUGGUGGGUGGCAGAACUCAAUGGAAAAUUUGGUCUGGUGCCCAAAAAUUAUCUUACCCCCGCGUAUGAAUUGGCUAGAUGAAGACUGUAUCUGACUGAAACAAAACAGAAUCUCUGUGAAUGAUUCCAAGUCAAUAUAGAUGAUACAUUAUUUCUUCAUUCUAAUAGCUAAUGCAACUUUAAAAAUUGACGUGCAAUAUAUGAAUUUAAAACUACAUGUAUUUAGUUUUUACAUUAAAUUAUUUUUUACCGGUUAA